CGUGGAUCUCUAUCCCACCACAAAUAUUCCAUUUGUCAGUUGAAUUUCGGAAUGUUAGACCAUGUCCAACGGCGGAUUUCACCCGAUCCAUAAGACAAAUCUUUAAGCAUAAUUGUAAUUAAAUACUAUUAUUAGCGAUAAAUCGACGAAGGAUUGGUCCGUCGCAGCGGACUUAAGGAUUCAAUCCUUAGCAACGUGUCACGUGGUGAGUGGGUCGAUUUUGUCUUUGGUUUGUGUAGGGUCGAAAAAAAAAAUUAUUCUCGAGCGAAACCGAAAAAAAAAAUUUCUUCUCGAGAGAAAGGCGAUUUCGAGACGAUUUUGCUCAAUCUCUCUUCCUCGGCUCGUGUAAGAUAAACGAUAAUGGGACGAUACAGUUACAUCCAGCCUUCUUCAUCCUCACACUCUCCAGACUUAACCUCCCUCCUUGAAGCCGAAGGUGAGAUGUACGCGGCUGAAGCUGAGAUUACUCUGUGGAAUGCAGAAGCCAUUGACUGGGAACCAUCACCAGAGGGUGAUGAUGGCAUCCCGAGGACAUGCUACUGUGGUUCAGAGCCAGUUCACGGAUACUCCCAAACUCCAAAAGAUCCAUACCGACGUUACAUAACGUGCCCCAAUGCCGAUGAUAGAGACUGCCACGUCUGGAAAUGGUGGGAUGUGGCGGUGGAGGAGGAGCUGAGAGAGUUUCAGAGGGAGCUUAAUGGGGUUAAGGGUGAAGCGAAUCAACGUGAGCAGAAGUUACUCCGUCUUGAGAAGCAAGUUUCCGAGUUCACAAAGAAGAAAUCAGGAGCUAAGCUAAUGGUCUUUAGCUUAGUGUUAGGGUUGGUGUUGCUUAUUGUGCUAGGUGAGUUACUUCCUUUUAUUUUUUCAUCUCUCAUAUGUAUUACAAAUAUUGAAAGUGUGUGAAAGUUGAUUGUUUACUUCUUUAUUUUUUAGGAAUACUUGGAAAGGAUUCAAAGGAUUGGGGCGUACGUGCUUUGUUUCUUUAACGAGGUAAUUCUUUUAUUAAAUGUUGGUUAGGUUUGAUUUGCUUGGAAAGAAACUAGUUGUAGUAAUUUAGUUUCGAAACCGGAAGGAAAAUUAAUUGUUGGUUAGGUUUGAUUUGCUUUCUUGUUUCAUAUGAGCUGGUCUGAUUUGAUGUGCUUUUAAUUAGUCGAGUAGUUAAUGAACUCAAUUGCUUUCCACCUUCUCAACUGCUCUGAUCUGAUUGCUAUUAAUCGAGUAGAAGGCUUACUUAAGCCCUCUGUGUCACUAGUAGAGUGUCACAGAGAAACAAUUAAAACAAUGGCUAACCAAAGAAAUUUUAGUAAACUUCUCUUUAGUCAAAUUCCAGUUGACCUUGAUUCACCAGAACCUUUUUGGUUCGGUAGUCAAGGUCCUGAUGAGUCUCCUGUCAUGAGUGCUCCCGACGUUCCUGCUAAGUCUUCUGUGAGCUCUUCUACCGACGUUCGGGCUAAGUCUGCUGUGAAUCCAAAUGCCUCAGGUUCUGAAAGGAGAAAAUGGACUCCCACAGAGGAUAAAAUCCUUAUUGGUGCUUGGCUUAACACCAGUAAGGACCCUGUGAUGAGCAACGAGCAGAAGUCCACUUCUUUCUGGAAGCGUAUAGUAGAGUACUACAACGCAAGUCCUCUCCUCGCUGGGACAGUACCGAGAGAGACCACCCCUUGCAAGCAGAGGUGGUCUAGGAUUAACAGCGAUGUAUCCAAGUUCUGUGGCUCCUACGAUGCGGCUCUGAGGGAGCAGAGAAGUGGGCAAAACGAUGAUGAUGUGAUGAAAACCGCCUUGGACAUUUUAUUCAACACGGUCGACUACAAUUUCACCAUGGAUCACUGCUGGAGGGAGCUGAGAUACGA